GGAGGGAGUAGGGUGUUGUUUUAAUUUAUUAGUUUGCUUUAAUUGAGAGAAUGUUAGAUGGAUUUUGCUCUAUAAUAGCUCAUGAUGUUGCUUUGGCAGUGGACAAUGCCUCUGUUGCUGCUGCUGCUGAUGAAAUGGGAAGGGAUGUUAAUCCUAGUAGAGAAAUAGUAGUAAGUUCUCAUACAGUGGAGACUCAUGUCGGUGAGGAAGGAGAAGGUUUGGAGCAACCUGAAGGAAUGGGGUUUGAUGAAAUGGGAAGGGAUGUUAUUCCUAAUAGAGAAAUAGUAGAAAGUUCUCAUAAAGUGGAGCCACAUGUAGGUGAGGAAGGAGAUGUUUUGGAGCAUCCUGAAGGAACGGGGUUAAGUACAUACAAUGGAGAUGGAGAUCUAGAACCAUAUGAGGGUAUGCAGUUUGAAUCAGAAGUUGCUGCCAAGGCUUUCUAUGAUGACUAUGCUCACCGUAUUGGCUUUAUCACCCGUGUUGGAUCAUACAGCCGUUCAAAGGUUGAUGGUGCCAUCAUAGGACGGCGAUUUGUUUGUAACAGAGAGGGUUUUAGCAGGGGGAAUGUUAAGAAGCCGGAGGCAGUCACCAGGGAAGGUUGCAAAGCAAUGAUCAAUGUAAGGAGAGAAAAAACUGGGAAAUGGAUUAUUUCAAAACAUGAAAAGGGCCAUAAUCAUCCCUUGAUUGUUUCUUCAAAGGUUCGGCGUGGUUAUCUUCUGAAUCGGUCUAUGGAAGAUACAAAGAAAAUCCGGGAACUAUCGAACAAGCUGCAUCGUGCAAAUAAGCAGUGUGCAGUGUAUAAAGAAUAUCUAAACAUGAUCUUGGGGGAAAUUGAGCAGCACACAAACCACAUCUCUGACAAAGUUCGGGAUAUAGUCCAUAGUAUUAAGAAACUUGAGUCUCAGGACCAACAAGAAUCACACCAUAGUCAACAAUCCUAGAAUUUUAUGUAUGCGGAUUUCUUUUUUGGUUGUUUAGUGUAUUCAUGUACAGUUCAACCGAGCAAACAUGAAAUAGAUUUUUAGCUGCAAUAACACUUUUAGUUCUCCAGUGUUUUGGUUAUUAUGGCACAGAAACCCUAUAUUAAUUCAAGAUCCAGACUAGCAUGAUGAAUCCAGAUCAAGCCCGUUUGUUUAGAACAGGUCUUGAUCU